UGUAACACAUCUGCUGACCAAGUGUCUCUGUCCGGAGCGUCCAUCUCAGCUGCGCCUUGUUCACAGCAAGGACAACAAUCUGGCUAAAAAUAGUGCCCUGUCUCGGACCUCCGCUGUCAUCCCGAUGCCCAGCGCCUGCGCUAGUCCACUGCGGCUGACGUCACAUCCAGCAUGGCGGUCAAGGUGCAAGCAACCAAAAGGGCAGACCCCCAAGACUUGAAGACUGUUUUUCUGAAGUAUGCCAACGUGGUGCAGGAUGGAGAGCAUUACAUGACCCCCAAGGACUUUGUGCAGCAUUACCUGGGUCUGCAUACACAGCCUCAACACAAUCCCAAAACUGUGGAGCUGAUAGCCGGAGUGGCUGACACCACCAAGGAUGGACUGAUCUCUUUCCAGGAGUUUCUGGCCUUUGAGGCAGUUCUAUGUGCCCCCGAUGCCCUGUUCAUAGUUGCCUUUCAGCUGUUUGACAAGACUGGUACAGGGAACAUCUCAUUUGAGAAUGUACGUGACAUCUUCAGCCAGACUACAGUCCAUCACCACAUUCCCUUUAACUGGGACUGUGAGUUCAUCAGGCUACACUUUGGCCAUGAAAGGAACAAGAACCUCAGCUACACAGAGUUCACCCAAUUUUUGCAGGAGCUGCAGCUUGAGCACGCCCGCCAGGCAUUUGCACAAAAAGACAAGAGCAAAAGCGGCACCAUCACUGCCUUGGACUUCAGUGACAUCAUGGCCACCAUCAGGCACCACAUGCUGACUCCGUUUGUCGAGGAGAAUCUGGUUUCAGCUGCGGGAGGGAGCACCUCCCACAUGGUGAGCUUCUCCUACUUCAAUGCCUUCAAUGCUCUCCUCAACAACAUGGAGCUGAUCCGCAAGAUUUACAGCACGGUGGCGGGCACGCACAAAGACACUCUCGUCACCAAAGAGGAGUUUGUUCAUGCUGCAAAUAAGUUUGGUCAAAUCACUCCGAUGGAAAUUGACAUCCUGUAUCAGCUCGUUGGUCUCCACUCUCACUCUGGGCGGCUGAACCACGCAGAUAUCGAGAGAGUUGCCCCGCUGGAGGAAGGAGACAUGCCAUACCACCUAGCAGAGAGCCACAGACAGCACGCUCACGAAACGUCUCGGCCCAUCUGGCUCCAGGCUGCGGAGUCUGCCUACAGGUUUUCUCUGGGCUCAAUCGCUGGAGCUGCCGGCGCUACGGCUGUGUACCCUAUUGACCUGGUGAAGACGCGCAUGCAGAACCAGCGCUCCACCGGCUCCUUUGUAGGAGAGCUGAUGUACAAGAACAGCUUCGACUGCGCAAAGAAAGUGCUCCGUUACGAGGGCUUCUUCGGCUUUUACAGAGGUCUCCUCCCGCAGCUCAUUGGCGUUGCCCCGGAGAAAGCUAUCAAACUCACGGUGAACGAUUUUGUCAGAGACAAGUUCACCAACCAGGAUGAUACCAUCCCUCUUCCUGCAGAGAUUCUGGCUGGUGGAUGUGCUGGAGGCUCCCAGGUGAUUUUCACCAAUCCUCUGGAGAUUGUUAAGAUCCGUCUGCAGGUGGCUGGAGAGAUCACUACUGGCCCAAGGGUCAGUGCCCUGACUGUUGUGAGGGACCUGGGCUUCUUUGGCCUCUACAAGGGAGCCAAAGCUUGCUUCCUGCGUGACAUUCCCUUCUCCGCCAUCUACUUCCCCGUUUAUGCCCACACCAAGGGGAAGCUGGCAGAUGACGAUGGAAGGCUGGGGGCUCUGCAGCUGCUCACUGCUGGAGCUAUCGCAGGUGUACCAGCAGCUUCUUUGGUGACCCCUGCUGAUGUCAUCAAGACCAGGCUCCAGGUGGCAGCCCGAGCAGGCCAAACGACGUAUAACGGAGUCAUCGACUGCUUUAGGAAGAUCCUCAAGGAGGAAGGUUUUAGAGCGUUUUGGAAGGGCGCAGGAGCUCGCGUCUUUAGAUCGUCACCGCAGUUUGGCGUAACACUGGUGACCUAUGAACUGUUACAGAGAUGGUUGUAUGUUGACUUCGGAGGACAUCGUCCUGCUGGAUCUGAGCCCACUCACAAACCUACAAUCAAGGACCUUCCCUCUGUGACUCCAGACCACCUGGGUGGUUACCGUCUGGCUGCCUCAACAUUUGCUGGCGUGGAGAGAAAAUUUGGCCUGCACCUGCCCAAGUUUAAGCCUUCCGGAGAGGUGACAAUCACAUCAGCGACGUCCAAAGCGGAGCCUCAAGCCUCAUAAACAGUCACUUCUCGUGAGGGCUGCAUGCACUUUCAGCCCUCAUUUCCUCCUUUACUUAACCACAUUUCGAUUCAAUGCAUAGAAGUGGUUGUCUUACUAUAAAUGCUGCAUGGGUAUGGCUUUAAUUGCAUUUUCUUUGCAUAGCUUGCACAAUUUUUUUGUACAUCUUGUACUUCUCCACAGAAGGACAUUAUGGCAUUACAAAGGAUUGUCACUGCGCUUUUCUGGUGUGCAUGUUUGACUUACAUUUA